AAAAGAAGAAAAGUGUAGAUGUGGUCUACAGGCAUUGUAUUGUCUUUUACUAGUUGUGGGUUCGACAAUUUGGGAACAUAACCAGUGGUAUACAAAACUUUAUGAAUGUGUCUGCUACCCGCAUUAAAACAACGCGAUCAGUGUUGGUGGAGAUGCAGCUCGCUGAGGAAUUUUGCUUCUUUUUUCUUUAGUGUAAAAUCCAGGAAAUUGCCACCUUUUCCUUUUCCAUUUUGUUUGGCAGCAUUGUUGAUGUCAUUAUUUGCUUUACAAAUUCCAAAAGACUGUAAGACACCACAGAUACCAUUGUUUAGCUGGUGGUUUUAGAAAUAUAAAGAAUAAACUGACUGUAAUAUUAUGGAUGACAUUGAUAGUGAUGAGACGCUGAUUUUGGAUAUGGUAGAGGGACAGGUUCCCUCACAGCAAAAUGACUUGGUGCUACUCUCCAAAAAUGAUGCACAAUAUGAGAGUGAAGAGAUCAUUAUGGACACUCCACCUAAGGAUAGAAAACAGCUGUUGAUAGUAACACCUAAGUCAGAUAUGAUAUCCUCUGCUGUGGAUCUGUCAAAGAGUGACAGUUCAGAUUCAGACAGCAGCUUGUUUCUCACACAGUGUGUGCCACAGCCAAAAAGAUGUUCAGCAAGAAGGGUUGCAAGCACCACAUUUGGCACAGCCAGCCCGAUCAAUCUUAGCAGGAGAAGUAGUUCUAGUAAGAGCAGUGAAGAGGAUGCCAUUCUACCACAGAGACCUCUGAAGAAGAAAAAAAAGAAGACUCCAAGUGUAAGGCUGAAAAACAGACAUCAGUUUUCCAUCAGUUCGGCAGAACAGAAGAGGCGGGUAAAAUGGAGGGGCUUAACUUUUCCUUUUGUGGAGAACAAUUAUGGGUUAAAGCAUUUGCCAUUGAAGAUGGUGUUGACGUACGAGCAAGCAGCACUUUUUGGAUUUUGCAUGAACAUGAAAGAAAAGAAAUUCCAAAACCACUUGCAAGUAUCUCUGAAAAAUUUGACCUUUGGAAAAAUGAAAGAAUCGGUGAUGAUCCAAAAACACAAGUGUUUGGAUGACAAUAUCCCUAUCUCCCCAAUAGAGCUAGAAAAUACAACGGUUUCUGAAGAUGCUGAAGAGCAGAGUGAUGUAAAAAUUGUUGAAAGUAGCAAUUUUAUUUUUAAUUCAAAAGUCUAUGGGCAGAAGAAUGGUAAAAAGAGAAAUAAAUGUGGACAUAAUGGAAAUGAUGCCUCCUCAAAAGAAAUUUGUACAUUAUCAGACAGGAGGACUUUGGAUGAUAAAUUAACAAGUAAGGCAAAAUCGAGAAAGAAGGAACCAAGAGGCACUCAGGAGGUCAAUGGUAGUAACUUGGAAAAUUCAGAUUUUCACAGUCUUGAAGUGACCUGUGGCAGUUUUGAAGAUGCCAGAGUUAACAGUCAAGACAAGUCAACGCCAGUAUCAUUAGUAAAUGUUAAAGAAAAAAGGCUUCCUAUUAAGAAAAAGAAAAAACUGCUAUGCCAAAGUGAGAUCAGGGGAAUGGUUAUGACAAUGGAGAGGUUUCAUGAAAAUGUUAUUUCAAAGGAAGUGUGUACUCUUCAGGACAAAGACAGACAAAACCAAAAUAGGGAUAUUGGUGAAAUAAUGCAACAAGAGCCAGUGACUGAAUUGGGCUUGGUACAGUCUGAUGAUAAAGAAAUGACUACAAGCAAUUUUGAUGCUUUGGAGGGCAAUAUGGUGAGUGACACAUUCACCAAAAAAAGGAAAAGACAAAAUAAGCAUUUAACACUGGAAGAAACUAGAAGGCACAUAUGGAAUCCCCACCUAGCUCAGGAAAGUGGUGAUGGAGACAAGUUUCUUGAGAACAGAGUCCCAUGUAGCACAACAGUAGAAAUAUCUGGGAUGGAAAAUAAUACAGAACUGGGAUUUCACCUGUUGACUGUUCAACAAGAACAAGAGGUGGAAGACACUGUUCAAAGUGGACUCAGUGAAAAUGAAACUUUGAUUAGUAGCACUGUGGGUAAAUCUGUGAAGAAAAGGAAAAUUGGGGAUCAAGCUGAGGUAGUAAGUGUGCACAUGCAACAAGAUACUAAAACUGCAAAUGGUUUACCAUCCUUUGAAGAUGAGUCCCUGCUUAGCAAUAAUGUAGAAGCAAGUAGUAAAAAAAAGAAGGUGAAAAGAGUACCUGUUUCAGAUCCUGCUGAUAAAGGUAUUUUUAGACAGGGUGAAUCUCUGCCUAACUGUAAUACUGAAACACAGCCUGAUGCAUCAAGGAUUCAUGAAGCGUUAGAGAGCAUUCUUGACAGUACAUCAUUUGAAAAUAGAGAUCUGCUUAAUGUCAAUAUAGGAAAACCUGGGACCGUAAAGAAUAAUGAAGAACAAGAGCCUAAAAUCUGUAAAGAAAAAAACAAGAAAAGGAAAAGGGUCCAGGGAGCUGAACUGUCAGACAUCCAGCAAGAAGAAGAGGAAAAUAACACUGCUAACAUUGUGCUCAGUGAAAAUGAAAUGAAAAUGAUUAGCAGCAGCAAAAGAGAGUCUCUCAAAAAAAAGAAAAAAUGGCUCGAAGCUGAAGGAUUAGGUGUCCAUGUGCACCAAGGUAAUAUAGUAGAAUAUGGUGAUGCAUCCUUCAAUAACGGAACUCUGCUGGCAAACAAUGUAGUUGUAACUAGUGCCAAAAAAAAGAAACCUUUAAAAGGAUCCCGACAGUCAUGUCCUAUUGCUGAAGAAUCUAUGCUUAGUUCUAUUAAUCAAACAGCUAAUGAACAAGAGCCUGAACCAUCAAGGGUCUGUCAAAAGGGAGAGAGCACUGCAAAUGGUAAACCUGUCAGAAACGGACUUCUACUUAAUACCUGCACAGAAGAACCUGAGAACAUAAAAAAUAAAAAAAGGGAGUCCAAAGACAUGCAUAAACUAAAAGAUGCUGUGUCUGUUUGUACAAAAGGAGAGAAUAAAAAGAAAAGUAUUCAGGACUCUGAACUGCCAGGGCAACAGCAUGAGGAAGAGGUGGAUGGCACUGUUAGCACUUCAUUUGUUGAAAGCAACUAUAUAGAUAAAUCCGUCAGAAAAAGGAAAAAAAUUAACAAAUAUGAAGUUUUAGAUGUACAGGCACACCAUGAUGUUAUAAGUACUAUCAAUGGUGCAUCAAUUGAAAACGAAUCUCUGUUCAUUAGCAGUGUUAAAUUAAAUAGUGGGAAAAAGAAGAAACGGGCAAAAGCAGCUCUAACAUCAGAUUUAAAAGAGAGUGUUGUGGCUGAAGAUGAUGUACUUGGGGAAAGUGUAUUUUCAGUUACCUGCAAAGCUGGGAAUUAUACUACAAAGGAAAGGGUAUAUAAGCAUAAACUAUUAAGGCACCAGCAAGAGAAAGGUGGGAGCAGUGCUUUUGACAAACUUGAGAAGGUAAAAAACAAAGAACAGCAGCCUAUUGUUACAGAUGAUCUAAAUGACUCUGGGCCUAUUGCUAGUAAAAAGGAAAAGAAAAAAAAGAAAAAGGUCCAGGAUCCUAAAUUAUCAGAGGUCCAUCAAGAAGAAGAGGUAAAUGACAUAGUUGAUAGUACACUUGUUGAAAUUGGAACUCCUUGUAAGACCAGUGCAAGUAAUUCUGUCAGAAAAAAGAAAAAAAAGAACAAAGAUAAAGAGCUGCACAAUGAUGUUCAAACUAAUAUUCGUGGUACAUCUAUUGAAAAUGAAUCUGUGCUUAGCAGUUGUGAUGAAAUAAACAGUGAAAAAGGGAAGAAAGUAGAUUGUAAGUCAGAAAGUGCUGCUGCUGAAGAGGCUUUUAGGGAAAAUGGAUUUACACUUAGCUAUAAAAGUAGAAAGUCUACUACAAAGGAUAAAGCAUUUAAGUAUAAAAUGUUUGAGAAAGAGGGACAUCACACUGUUAAUAAUGUAACUUUUGAAGAUGAACCUUCGCUUGGCUCCAGGGAUGGAAAACAUGGUAAGACAAAAAAUAAUAAAACACAUGAGUAUCAAGUUGUAGAUGAUCUAAAUGACCCAGAGCCUUUUAGGACUGAUAAAGGGAAAAACAGAAAAAAUAAAAGAGUUGAGAACCUUCAGCAGUCAAUUGUCUCUCAAGCGCAAGAGGCAGGCAACAUUGCUCAUAGUACAUCCAUUGAAAGUGGCACUAUGCUUAUCUGCAGUAUAAGUAAGUCUGCUCAUAAAAAGAAAAAACUGGGUAAACCACAUGUUCUGGAAGAGCAAGCAGAUAUUAAUGGCAAUGCAUUCAAUGAAAAUGAAACUUGGCUUGACAGUAGUGUUGGAGAAAAUAGGACAAAAAAGAAGAAACCAACAAAGAAAGCUCAACCUUCAGAUGCAAAGAAGACUGAUGAUACUGACAUUUUAAGUGAUAAUGGAUUUCCAAUUUGUGGCAAUAUUGUAGAGUCUAAAAAAAAGAAAAAAGUACUUGAGCCUGAAUGUUCAGGAGUGCAGCAACCAGGAAUAAGCCCUGGUGAAGGUGAACAGUGCGAGAACAAUGCAGGAAAGACAAACACCAAAAAGAAAAAAAAGAAACAUAAAUAGCCGUAUCUCUCGCAUGAGUAUCCUUUCUGUGAAAUAAAUCUUCACUUGACCCAAGAGCAGAGCACAGAGGGAAAAUAAUCUGGAACUGUCUGGUUUCUAGGAAGAUGGGAGCGUACUACAGUAUUGUUAUUGGAAAAUUGAGCACACAACAGGUCACACUGAGAGGGCACACAUUGGACUAUUUAAAAUGUUUUGGUGUCAUGGUUUUGUUUAUCAUUCUUUAAAGGAUCUGCUGAAAGGAAAGUAUCUCCUGUUGCUUCCACCUUGGAAUGUAGUGCAAAAAGUCUGAAAAAUUAGGGAAAAGUUCAGCAAAAAGCAUUAGCCUGGGCUUAAAUGACAUACAAGAUAGGAAGAGGAAGGCUCUUCUGUUGUGAAAUCAUAAAAAUAUUAUGAAGAAAAUAAGCUUUAAACAACCAAGAAAAGGAAGCUUGAAAAUGAAUGAUUGGUAAGAAUAACAUUUACUGCAUGUGCUCGGUAAAGUAUAUACAUUUUUACAAACAAAUAAGCAGCAAACAGUAAAUGUUUACAUUUAUGUAUAGUUUGAUAAUUAUGUGACCAUACAAAUAAACUUGAAAAGGAUAAACCAUAAUCCUUUUACACAAAUUAUAAACUCAAUUGAAGAUUAGGCAUGACUUAACUCUAAACCCUAAAAAAAACUUUGUUUUUUAUUUACCUUUCAAAAGGUUUUUUAUGUUUGAAGAGCAACAGUAAUGUUAAUGACAACAUGUGCAUAUUUUAGUAAUAUUUAAAUCUCUUUAAUUUUUCUUUUAAAAUAAAAUGGACAAAAACUAUCAAUCUUUUUGUGCAUUUUCAUGUAAUUAUUAAUAUAAUCACAAAGGGUUGUGUCAGCAUGUUAUGGAGACAACUGUCCUUUCUAUGGGUUUACCACUUUCAGAUUGUUAUGUUAACAAUGAGAAGUUAAUGUGCUGCACAUGUAACAUUUUUCUGGACAUUGUUGCAAAGGAAAAAAAAUCUGAAAUUGGCGGGAGGGGUGGGGGUUGGCUAAAUGAAGCAGCACAUCUGGUGUUCAAGCAGCUGCGGCAGGCACAUGACACUCCUCUUUUCAGAUCACUACAUUGGUUUUCUUUAGCAGCACAUAUUAAGUUCAAAUCCCUUGAUGGGUGUCUACAGAGUAGUGAGUGGGUUAGGACGUACUGUGUAUAUAUAAAGAGACACUUGUGAGGUUCGAUGCUCCUUCUUUGCCCACUUUCUGCUGAUGAACGACAUCUGGUGAUGCUACCCAGAGGUGGCAUCAAAUCUAAAGUGUGUAGUUCCUAGCUAGUGGAACGAGUUGUCCUCCUUCAGUCGAAACUGUGACUCCUUCCAUGUGUUUAAAAGUGAUUAAAGACACUCUUGUUUGGUGAAUUUCUUGUCUAACUGAUAUUAGCUGUUAGGGUUUGUAACCUUCAAACUGUAAAUCACUUGCAUUUUGUUCUGAACUAUUUACUUGUUGUGAGUUAAUUUUGCAACCUUAUCCUUUAACACUUGUUCCCAGACAGUCCCCCAGACUGAUGUUUACUCAUUUAUGUUGACCUUUUUUGUGAAUUUCUUUGGAUAAAAGCAUCUGCUAAGCAAAUAACUAUAAAUGUAGAUGAUCUCUGUCCUUGACAAAACAGCAACAAACAGGCAACACGGUGAUUAGCAGUGGAGCUUUGCCGCUACAGGACACUGGGUUCAAAUCCUGGCUUUGCCACUGCUUGUAUGGAGCAUCCGCAUUCUCUUUGUACCUGUGGAGGUUUCUCUUCAGGUACUCUGGUGUUCUUCUCACAUUGCCAUCCAGGUUUGGUUGCUGCCUUCAUGACCCCAUAUUUGGAUUAAACAGGUUUGAAAAUACUAAAGAAAUACUUUGAAAGCAUUAGCAGGUGAAUGUACUUUAUUACAUUAGGGGAAACUUAUACUGUCAAUGUCUGUUUUAAAUGGUAUUUUCCCCUAAAAGUAAUUUUCUAUACCAGCCAUGUUAAUGCCCAUUAUCAAUGUUUUUCUAGUAGUCUGUUACUUUUUUUCUGUGCAUGGGAUCUUAAGCAUACAUUUGGGUGAAACCUAUUAUUUUCCUGAUCUGCCACAGAUCCCAACCAAGCCUCCAUUUUUUUCCAUAGGUGUAUAACCCAACACAGUGUUUGGGUGGUUGAAAGUAGAGCCUAUCCCAGCAGCCUUCGAAGCAAGGGCGGAUCAAACCAUGGAUAGGGAGUCUGUCUACUGCAGGGUACACACAAGAACACAUACAGCUACUCGCACAGUUUCAAAUCAAUAUAAAAUGCAUGCCUUUAGCAUGUGAAAGGAAAAAUUACAGUCUGUACACAGACAAAAUCUAUUGUGUUUGAAAAGAACAAAAAUAUAAAUUUACCUAUGUGUUGUUACAAUAGCUACCACACUGAAAUUGCAUUUGUUUCCUUAAAAAAUAAAUCUGGAUAUAGGAC